AUGGCAAGGACAAACAAACGUACAUCUGCCGAUGCCCCUGGGGAGCAGCCAGCUACCCCGAAACGCCGCCGUCGCCGCAUUGUAUGGGACCACAGGCGCGAUAAGUAUUUGCUUCUCGCGAUUUUCGCCCACAUGAACGUCAAAGCCCCGGAUUUUCAAGAAAUUGCAGAUAUGCUUGGAAAUGAGACCUACUCUGCGGACACUUUGACGCGGCGUUUUCGUGUUCUAAAACAAAUUGCCACGGAGGUUAUGGAAGACCGUCACGACAAGGGCCUUGGAGUAUUGGAAGAGGAAAUCACUGAAAGAGACCACGAUGUUACGAUAGUGGACGAACCUGCUAUUUCUAACCCCGCUCCACAACUCCCGACAACCCCGUCGUCUGUACGAUCAGGACAGGCUGUCGCGGAGUCCACGUCUCUCAUUUCUCAAACUUCCACCCCACCGCAACGUCCAAAUCCCCAUCCCCGUGGCCCGCACGCUGAGCCCAAACAUUCAAGGCCACCGAGGAGAGAACAAGCGAAGCCUCCCCGUCAGCAGGAACCUCAUCGCCCUAACGACAGCCGUGCAAAACACGGUGAACCAGCUAUAUCUUCCCCCAACAGCGACAGACUAAAUCAUAUCCGGCGGAGGAUAAGACAGCGGAACCAGAUACAUGCUACCACUGUAUCACCGAGAGGUGUUGCGAAUGAACCAUCAAAUGAGUCUCAGUCAGCACGUCAGGAGCCAGCUUACAUUCCUCUCGGUCUGAAUUCCCAGGCCAACAGUAGCCGAAACUGGUCUGCUGCAGGUCCCGCAAGACCCUUACAGCCCUAUUUUGGAAACGGGGGUGCGUACGGCGUUGGCGGCGGUGGUGGUCUCACUCAGUUUGUGUUUCCGUCUAUUGAACACUGA